UUCAACCUGUGGCGCGUAGUCGUUCCGCGAUCGGGCGAGGUGCAUCAGGCACCGCCCCCGCCCACGGGCCCCGGUCCCGAAUGGGGUGGCUAUGCACCCUGGCCGCCGGUGCCGCCUCCGCCUCAGCCCCACCUCAUACAUCACCAGCAACAGCAGCAUCAGCCGACAAGAAACGCGAAGAGAGAACAUUCAGAAAGCGAUGACUGCGACGACGCCUUCUCGGAGGAAUCAUCGAAAGAACAGUGCUCCUCCCCCGGCGACGCCGACUCCUGUCAGAUGUUGAGCAGGAAAAAACGGCGCGGCAUCAUUGAAAAACGGAGGAGGGACAGGAUCAACACAUCGCUUCUGGAAUUGCGACGCCUUGUGCCGUCCGCUUUUGAAAAACAGGGCUCCGCGAAAUUGGAAAAAGCAGAAAUACUCCAGAUGACGGUCGACCACCUGAAAAACCUCCACAGCAAAGGUUUGGACAGCAUGUACGACCCGACAAAAAUUGCGAUGGAUUAUCACAGUAUCGGGUUCCGAGAGUGCGUGACCGAAGUUGCCAGGUAUCUGGGCACUGUGGAAGGUCUGGACCACCAGGACCCACUGCGGCUGCGGCUGAUGUCGCAUCUGCAGUGUUUCGCCGCGCAGCGAGAACUUUCCAAGCAGCCGCCUUUACCUUGGCCGCCGUAUCAAACGCAGCCGCAGCACGACACUUCCGCAUCCUCCGCUUCCGGUAAUUCCUCCUUUGAGAGUUCCGGCAGCAACGCCUGCGAAAUCUCGCCGCAGCCACCAUCGACAAGUUCUACCCUCACGCCGCUCACACCGGCCGCCCCUUCGACGUACCAACAUUACCAGACGUACCACCAGAUACCACACCAGCCUCCGCCCUACCAGGACUAUUCCACGCCGCAAAAACCAUAUAGACCUUGGGGAGGAACGGAACUGGCGUAUUGACAAUGAGUUGUACAGCUCACCGAACUGGCAAUGGCUGCGACAAAACACGAUUUCUGGAAAGAAAAUAGCACUGGAUUUGAAACAAACUUCUUGUCCAUGUUUCAACUCUUCUUAGUUAAAUAUCUCAGUCCUAAUUUACUGACCGAACAAAUCGAGUUAAAAGACGUUAUUUAUUUGGCAAAAAUAAUACUAAAGUUCCAACUCAGUUCUUCAUUCAGCUUCAACGAAGAAAUAAGAAGAUUUACAAGGAUAAUAACAUGUAAUCAUAUCUUCACAGGUGUUUGCCUUUUCGGUGGGCGAUGACCCUUUUAGACAAUAACUGUGUGCACGAAAAAAAAAACAAAAAAAAAACAACAACUGCUAAGUCAUAUACAAGCUUUAAAAAUCGGGGUAAUGUAAAUAAAAGGGAUUUUUAUUUUGUACAUAUCGUCA